CGUCGCAAUCUAGUCUAUGGUUGAAUCAAUCAGCGCAUUGUCUUUUUACGUACCUUUCCCAAUGCCCUUUACUUGUUUCUACAAUGGAAAUUAACUAUGAAAUAGCGAAGGCUUUAGGUAUUUUAAUAGACAGACUACACGACGACGAGAAAUAUCCGUCAUUUCUUGAUGAAAUGCUUGAAUUUAUCGAUCGACUGCUUCUUAAUGUUUAUAAUGGCGAUUUUAGUGAUGUUUUGAUAUUAUUAAAAAAACACACCACGCAGAUGAGUCAAACAUCGCAACAGAGUCAAGAUGAGAAAAUUUUAAAACGUUCCACGCUAACGGAAAUAUGGCGGAAGAAGUGGAAUUUGACUAAAGCAGAAGUGUACCAUAAACACGAGCGGCGUGACGUCAUCGUCAUGUGCAGUGACGUUUUGAAUAAAAUCAUCGUUAGGUCUAUGGAAGGGUACAGUUUGGUCGCGUUCGCCGCUCUGCAGUGUUUUAAUUUGUUGCAAUCUUGAAUAAAUGAUUC